AUGCUCGACAUCCACCGCGACUCCGGACCCGCCACGAAAUUCUUCUUCUCGCACAGCCUGCUGCCGAGCUACCUCGACCCGCAGAACGUCUCGACGAAGAAAAAGCCCUUUUCCACCUUCAACGCGCAGCCGUUCUCGCACACGUUGGACUUAAUACUCCCGGAAGAAAUAUACGAGCUUGUGCGCGCGCAGCUGGAGAAGCAGGAUGGUGUCGCGAGGGGGAUGUAUGCCCGGGUGUACAUGAAGCUCGGGGAGAUACUGGAGCGGGAGUUUUUGGAGGAGUAUGUUAAGAAGGGAAAUAUCAUGAUGCUCUCCGAAGGCCGCCCGCUCGUCGACAACGUGUUCGCGCUGCACGACGGCGUGCUGAGGCUGGAGCUCGAUCGCCCAACGUACGAGCGCUGCGGGUUGCAGGGAAAGCCGAUCGAGGACGGGGGGAAGAAGCAUCAGAAAGCGCGAUGGGUCGUCGAAUUCGGCCUCCGCGCGCCCAGCAUGGUGCACGGCAAAAAGGGCUUCUCGCGCCUCGAAUGGGCGUGCAAAAACGUGCUCAACGAGAGUCUAACGUGGCUGUUCUACAACUUCAAUCCCUCGGCGCGCGAAGCGCUGCCGGCGGGCAAGGAACCCAUCUCCACCCACCAACCCUUCAUCCACGCCCUCGAGCCGACUGUUACAAAGCUCCCGCGGACACUCGUCCCGAACCUCGCCGUCGCCGACCUCUCCGCGCUCUACGCCCAAGAAGACGCCCUCACCCUGUAUGAAUACCUCGCGCUGCUCUCGCUCGGCUCGCCGCGCCUCUGCGCCACCGACCGCGUCGACCCGCACCUCUCGCGCUACGAAGUGCCUGAUUUCGGGCACGGGCUUGGCGCCAGGGAUAUGGUGCGGGUGCGGUGGAGGGGCUUCAUACCGGCGCAGUUUGUGCGGGACUUGUUCUUGGUGGUGCGGAGGGAGGGGCUUAAGGUCGUGAAGGCGGAGCAGGAUGGCGAGGGGGGGACGCAGCGGGGUGAGGAGGAUAGGUGGGUGUGUUGGAGUGCGGGGGCUUUUGGGGGGAAGAAGGGCUGGACGGUUAUGCAGUGGGCGGGGAGGGAGACGCUGGUUUGGGAGUGUGAAGGUUGA